AUGAGUAGCAUCUACUGUGGGAAUUCUUCAGCUAAGAUGAGCGUCAACGAAGUCUCAGCUUUCUCUUUGACUCUUGAGCAAAAAACUGGCUUUGCCUUCGUUGGGAUUUUGUGUAUCUUCUUGGGACUUCUUAUUAUCAGAUGCUUCAAAAUUCUGCUAGACCCCUAUAGUAGCAUGCCUUCUUCUACAUGGGAAGAUGAAGUGGAGGAGUUUGAUAAGGGAACAUUUGAAUAUGCACUUGCGUGA